AUGAUUGUUUAUCGGGGAGAUACAAUAACAAAAGAAAAACUUGAUGAUUACUGUCAAGCAGCUGGAAAUAUCAAUCGAUAUUUUAAAUGGUUGUGUUUUGUAUCAACAUCAAUUGAUAAAGAUAUUGCUGAAAUAUUUGGAACAAAUGUUAUCUAUAAAAUUGAUCUCGGUCGAUAUGAAUGGAAUGAUCAAUUUGUUGAUAUAUCAAAUUUAUCGAAUUAUCCAAGUGAAAAAGAAAUUCUAUUACGACCAGGAGUUCGUUUUCGUGUCGAUCAAGUUGAUAUAGAUGAAAAUACUUCUCGUGCAUAUGUACACAUUCAUGUUCUUCCAUCUUAUAUUUCGACUUUAUAA